UGCUGUGAUGUGUGGCUUGGAGACAGUUGCACUGACAAAAAGACGGAAGGGCGAGCUGAAGAUUUAGAUAUGAGUUCAUCAGAGGGACAGCUCAGAGUCAGAGAGGCUGAAAGGGUCUGGACAUGUGCAGAGCAGGGAGGGAGGAAAUACUGGAAAAAGGAUGAUGAAGAUGGACGUGCCAGGCAGCAGGAAGAAAGACAGUCUGAAACAAGAGAAAGUUGCUACUGGCUGAGGCUGAAUGUGUUCUUUCUUCUCAGCUUGGAUGCUCUGUUUCAUUCCUGCUGAUGAAACCUUCAUAGGAUCAGCCUUUGUUUUCUCUCAGAGCUCCAACCAGCACCAUCAGCAGCUGUUUGACAUCAGAGGCAAAAAUAAAACCAUGAAGCUAUUCCUUCAGAGAACCUCAAUACUUUAAGAAAGGGGUGCAAAAUGCACAGCCAUCCAUUCAAACGUUCUGCUGAGGCUCAGAUGACACACUAUAUACGUCUCACAUAGUUUCAGUGGGUGGUGCUUUUAUAUUUCUGCUGCAGUGUGAACAGACAGGUCCACAGCACAGCGGUCUGAGGAAGGAAGCGAGCAGUGCAGACAGAGACAGAACAGACAAAAUACAAGACUGAUCUGUGAAGCAGCUCUGUCCUCUACAAAGCUCUGCUCUGAAUAUCUGAGUCUGUUUGCUGAUCUCUUUUCCUUGAAUCCUUCCACGGAUUGAUGAUGUGUCUCAGAGUUCAGCAGCUCAGCUUUACUGAAAUGUUAUGAAACUUAAAGAGAAAGUAAAUCGAGGCAGAAGCUGAUCAUCGAUCAGAGCUAACUGUCUGUGAUUCUGCACUCAGUUCAAGUGGAGACAACAAGCUGAGUAAAAGUGCAACAGGUAAACACUGAGGAUGGCACAGGUGACGAUCAGAACAAAGAGCAGACAGGGAGACUUCUACCUGGACAUGGAUCACCUGCUGAUGCUGAUGCUGCAGCUGCUGCUGCUGCUGCUGCGGAGCUCAGGAGUCCAGGUUGGGGGAAAACACAGUUCUACAGAGCCUGAUGAUGUCAGGCUGGUGGGAGGAGCCAGUCACUGUGCAGGAACACUGGAGGCAAAACAUCUGGGAGAGUGGAGACCAUUGUGUGCCUCUCAUGAUUCCUGGACCCUGAAAGAAGCAGCUGUUUUCUGUGAAUACCUGGACUGUGGCUCUGCUGUUCAUGUAGAAGAAAGACAUUCCUCAUAUAAAUCUGCGUGGUCUAUCAGUUCUGAUUGUGUUCUGUCCAGAUCUCCUCUGAGGGAAUGUACAACAUCAGAUUACACUGACCAAAUCCUGAAACUCACCUGUGCAGACUCUGUCAGGCUGCUGAAUGGUUCCAGUCUGUGUUCAGGCAGACUGGAGGUGAAGUCUAACCAGAGCUGGUCCUCAGUGUGUGAAGCGGACUUUGACCAGCAGGAUGCAGAGGUGGUCUGUAGGGAGCUUCGCUGUGGGCCUCCUUCGGUCCUCCAGGGGGCGCUGUAUGGAGAAGUGGAGGCUCCAGUGUGGAGCAAAGAGUUCCAGUGUGGAGGCCAUGAGUCUGCUCUCCUGGACUGUAGAAGCUCAGGCUCAGCUAGAAACAGCUGCUCACCUGGCAAAGCUGUUGGACUCACCUGCUCAGAGCCUGAUUUCAGGUUGGUGGGAGGAGCCAGUCGCUGUACAGGUACACUGGAGUUUAAACAUCUGGGGGAGUGGAGACCAGUGUAUGGCUUUUUCUGGACCCUGAAAGAAGCAGCUGUUUCCUGUGAACAACUGGACUGUGGCUCAGCUGUUUAUAUAGAAAUGGUAGACUCCUCACGCACAACUGGGUGGUUGAUCAGUUCUGAUUGUGUUCUGUCCAGAUCUCCUCUGAGGGACUGUGCAACAUCGCAUUACACUGACCAAAUCCUGAAACUCACCUGCUCAGACUCUGUCAGGCUGCUGAAUGGUUCCAGUCUGUGUUCAGGCAGACUGGAGGUGAAGUCUAACCAGAGCUGGUCCUCAGUGUGUGAAGCUGACUUUGACCAGAAGGAUGCAGAGGUGGUCUGCAGGGAGUUUGGCUGUGGGCCUCCUUUGGUCCUCCAGGGGGCGCUCUAUGGAGAAGUGGAGGCUUCAGUGUCGAGCAAAGAGUUCCAGUGUGGAGGCCAUGAGUCUGCUCUCCUGGACUGUAGAAGCUCAGCCUCAGCUAGAAACAGCUGCUCACCUGGCAAAGCUGUUGGACUCACCUGCUCAGAGUCUGAUGAUGUCAGGCUGGUAGGAGGACCCAGUCGCUGUGCAGGUACACUGGAGUUAAAACGUCUUAGAGAAUGGAGACCAAUGGUGUACUCUGAUGAUUCCUGGACCCUGAAAGAAGCAGCUGUUGUGUGUGAAAAACUGGACUGUGGCUCAGCUGUUUCUAUGGAAGCGGCACAGUCCUCAUACAAAUUUGUGUGGUUGAUCAGGUCUUCCUGUAUUGUGUCCAAAACUCCUCUGUCCAAUAGGGAUUGUGCAAUAUCAGAUCAGCUUGACUACAUCCUGAAACUCACCUGCUCAGACUCUGUCAGGCUGCUGAAUGGUUCCAGUCUGUGUUCAGGCAGACUGGAGGUGAAGUCUAACCAGAGCUGGUCCUCAGUGUGUGAAGAUGACUUUGACCAGCAGGAUGCAGAGGUGGUCUGUAGGCAGCUCGGCUGUGGGCCUCCUUCGGUCCUCCAGGGGGCGCUCUAUGAAGAAGUGGAGGCUUCAGUGUGGAGCAAAGAGUUCCAGUGUGGAGGCCAUGAGUCUGCUCUCCUGGACUGUAGAAGCUCAGGCUCAGCUAGAAACAGCUGCUCACCUGGCAAAGCUGUUGGACUCACCUGCUCAGAUAAUGAUGUCAGGCUGGUAGGAGGACCCAGUCGCUGUGCAGGUACACUGGAGUUAAAACAUCUGGCAGGAUGGAGACCAUUGUGUGGCUCUCAUGAUUCCUGGACCCUGAAAGAAGCAGCUGUUUUCUGUGAACAUCUGGACUGUGGCUCAGCUGUUUCUAUAGAAAAGCGACGCUCCUCACGCACAUCUGCAUGGUUGAUUACACCUGAGUGUGUUCUAUCCACAUCUCUUUUGAGGGGUUGUGCAACGACAGAUUCUUCUUACCAAAUCCUGAAACUAACCUGUUCAGACUUCCUGGUUCAGCCAGUCAUCUCUGUGUCCUCCAUGAACGGGGUCUCCAAAGCCCAGCAGCAGGAGCUUCGGGUAUCAAGGGGCUCUAACUUCACCAUCAGCUGUUCCAUCCAGCCACAGUACCCAGGAGGCUUCUUCCAGCUCACCUUCACCUCCUCCAACACAGCAUACAACUACACCCAACCAGCUGUCAAUCACUCUGCUUAUUUCCUGUUUCCUGCUGCAAAGCUCGCCCACCAAGGAAACUACAGCUGUGUUUAUCACGUCUAUGCUAUCGCUCGUAACUUCUCCUCUGAGAGCUGCCUGCUGUCUGUCACUGUGUCAGCUCCAACAGAUUUCACAGUUCUCAUCACAAUGCUCAUCCUACCGCUGACUCUGCUGCUGGUGAUCACUGCCCUUUAUUUCUACUGUCAGGCCAGCAGGGGGCAGAAAUCCAGCAGACAGAAGAACACUGAGCUGCUUGACUCUAAUCAGGGUGUUUGUGCAGGUGAAGGAGGGACGGCUGCAAAUAAAGGAGUUCAGCAGGACCGCCAAAGAGCUCAUCCUACAGCCACAUGAAUUAAUCAGCUGAUGUGAGCGACCAUCAGCUCAGUUUUCUGCUGAAGACUUAAAUCUGUAAACACACCUCACUAACAAAUAUCUUCAUUAAUUAUUCUGAAAUGUGUAGAGAUAGAUCACCCACCAGGGAAGGUGGUGAGGCAACAUUUUAAAAAUGCACAGUGUAACACUGGAAUGUGGAUCAUUUACACUGCAGUCAAACAGGCCUCAACAUCAGCUUAUGACUUCUUGGUAACCACUGGUCACUAUGGAAGAAUGUGGAUUCCUUCACUGGCAGUCUUCUGGUGAAAUUGGUGCUGCACUGAAAAGCUCCCUCGCUUUGGUGUCUGCAGGCUGACGAGCUCGCUGCAGUUUGCAUAGAAAACACAGAUUUGUCUGCAAAAGUUUGCCAACUGCUCACAGACUACGUUCAAUAUCCUUUUACUUCCAUUUAUGUAAGAAAGACAUUUUUAGUAUUUAGAAGAAGUAGUUGCUGUGAUGUUUCAUGCUGUGUUUUCUUUUUAAUUACUCCUCUGGCUUUUAUUAUCCACUCUUCCUGUUUGCAUCAGCCAGUAAAGGCUCACAUUCACUUCAUUCUGUAGUGUCAUGUGUUUGCAUUUGAUCCUUGGCCAACAGGAUACUGCUCCCUUCAUCCAACACUAACAUCACAGAAGAACACAAGGUUAUUGUCUGCUUCCUUUAUCCUUAAUAAAAUGUUCUGAGUCAUUUUCAAAAUAAAUAUGUGCUUUAAUUGGAAAAACAUUUAUUUUUUGUAAAGUGGUAUGUUAUAAAAGUAUGUCACGCAUCAAAUAAACUAAUGGAUGUAUACUCUGAAUAUAACACAGAGAAGGAAAAGUUUAUAGUUUGUA